UCCCAUCAUAUUUUGAAGGACUACAGAGGCAGCUGUCCCUCCUUGCACCGAUGCCAGAAUUGUUAGUGCCCUGAAAAGUUAUCAGAGUGUUUAGCUGCCGCAGAGCAGAGGUUUAAGCAGGCAAAAUGGAUCAACAUGAAACAUCUUCAGACAUAGAUCAAAUUAACCUCAACCGCCUAUCUGUUGUCUCAGAAGAUGAAGUAGACCAUGACUCUGCUUUGACUAUAGUUACUGUACUUGAUAAAGUGGCCACCAUUGUAGACACAGUUCAGGCCAGCCAGAAGAGAAUAGAGGAAAGUCACAGAGAGAUGGAAAAUGCUAUCAAAACCAUUCAGAUUGACCUCCUCAAACUUGCUCAGGCACACAGCAACACCAGCUACACUGUUAACAAACUUCUUGAGAAGACUCGGAAAGUAAGCAACAACGUGAAAGAUGUGAAGUCUAGGGUAGAUAAGCAAAGUGAUCAAGUCCAAAAGGUGGAGUCCAAGCAAGAGGAAAUGCUAAGAAAAAAUAAAUUCAGAGUUGUUAUAUUCCAGGAAGAUAUUGAAUGUCCAACAAGACUGACUGUUUCUAAAGAUUCUGCUUUGGAUGGGUACUUGAGAGAUAAGUUGUAUGCACCAGAUGACCUCUCUUCUGAUGAAGAAUAUAAAGCCCAAGAAAGCAGAACCUCACGUUUCAAGAAAUCUGGUAUGCAGCGCAUCGAUAACAUCAAGAAGGCUUUUUCAAAAGAAAAUAUGCAGAAGACAAAACAGAAUUUUGGAAAGAAAGUAAACAGAAUGCGCACUAGGAUUGUGACUCCAGAAAGAAGAGAGAGAAUAAGGCAGUCUGGAGAGAGGCUAAAACAAUCUGGAGAGAGGUUUAAACAAUCAAUUGCUAAGGCAGCGCCAAAGAAAGACACUUUCAAGAUCAACAUCAAUAAGAAAAACAAAAACAGAACCAAGGCUGAGGGACAGGAAGGCGGUAAAGAAGAUGAAGUAGACUCUGCAUCUGAGAAUGCUUCUGCUGAACCAAUCUCAGAAGAAGUCACUUACACUGAAGUGGUCACUGUCAAGAAGAAGAAGAAAAAGAAUGAGGAAAAUGCUGAACUCUUGCUUUCCCAAGAUGAUGAGAAACUAAGUGAACACAUCCAAGUCCCAGAAAAACCUCUUAUCAAACUUGAAUCAAAAGUUGGUGUAGAUGAUGCUCCCCUGGUAGAUAUUAAGCUCUCAUCAUGAGGAAACUUACUGAGAUGAUUAAUUAUUAAGCAACAGUUUGUGGUCCAGAUGCAAUACUGUGACAUCCUCCAAAAACUGAGCUGAUACAUCCUUACAGCAUAUCACACUCCCCUACUUAUUUAAAGUGGAUCCAAAAACAAAAUGUUUGGGUUCUGGGAAUGUACUUUAAAAUAGCAUCUUAUUUUUUUUAUAUAUUUUUUGAAGGUUGAUAUAGUGAAAUUAAAUAUAUUUCUAGCCAAUAACAGUUAUUAAUUUACGCAAUGCAUUAAAAAAAUAAAACCUCAAAAGCAAAAUUAUUAUAAACAUUGGUUAAUAUGGAUUGCUAUGUUAUAAAAAGAAAUGUAUACAAAAAAAUAAGAACUUACUACAUAAAUGUUUAAGAAAGUUGUCUAAUACCUACGUGAUCUAUACAUGACAGGUAAUUUUCAUGGAAAUUACAAUACAUCAAAGGAGCAAAAAAAAUAUUGCUAGCACGUUUAUUUUUGGUUGGAAAAAAAACUAUGACAGAUAUAAAUUUUUAAUUUGUUUGUUGUGUGAAUUAUAUAGUAAGCUGUGUGUGUAUUUUAUUAAAAGUGGAAUAUAUUUAAUGACACUAGAUGCCAAUUCAAAUAAAAAAGAAACUUAUUUAUCAAAUCAAA